AUGCCCUCUGCAUCUUUAUUAGUAAAUCUUCUUUCAGCUUUACUUGUGCCCUUUGUGUUUGGUGAAACAGAAGUGAGAUUUGCUGGACAAACAGAAUUUGUUGUUAAUGAAACAAGUACAACAGUUAUUCGUCUUGUCAUCGAAAGGAUAGGAGAGCCAGCAAAUGUCACUGCAGUUGUAUCGCUGUAUGGUGAAGACACUGGGGACUUUUUUGACACAUAUGCUGCAGCUUUUAUACCCACUGGAGAAACAAAUAGGACAGUGUACAUAGCUGUAUGUGAUGAUGACCUACCAGAGCCUGAUGAAACUUUUAUUUUUCACUUAACAUUACAGAACCCCUCAGCAAACGUGAAGCUUGGAUGGCCAAGGACUGUUACUGUAACAAUAUUAUCAAAUGACAAUGCCUUUGGGAUUAUUUCAUUUAAUAUGCCUUCCUCAGUCACAGUGAGUGAGCCCAGGGGCAGAAAUGAGUCUGUGCCUCUUACUCUGAUUCGGGAAAAAGGAACAUAUGGAACAGUCACUGUGACUUUUGAGGUAGAAGAUAGCCCAAAUCCACCAGAAGAAGAUUUGAGUCCAGUUAAAGGAAAUAUCACCUUCCCUCCUGGCAGAGCCACCAUAAUUUAUAAUUUGACGGUGCUUGAUGAUGAGGUACCCGAAAAUGAUGAAAUAUUUUUGAUUCAGCUGAAAAGUUUGGAAGGAGGAGCUGAGAUCAACAUCUCUAGAAGCUCAGUUGAGAUCAUCAUUAGGAAAAAUGAUAGUCCUGUCAGAUUUACUCAGAGUGUCUUUUUGGUCCCUGAGGAAGAUCAUAUACUCACAAUUCCUGUAGUUCGUGGAAAGGAUGAUAAUGGAAAUUUGAUUGGAUCUGAUGAAUAUGAAGUUUCAAUCAAUUAUGCUGUUAUAACUGGGAAUUCAACAGCACAUGCCCAGCAAAAUGUAGAUUUCAUUGAUCUUCAGCCAAACACAACUAUUGUUUUUCUACCUUUUGUUUAUGAAUCACAUCUGAAAUUUCAAAUCAUUGAUGAUGCCAUACCAGAGAUUGCUGAAUCCUUUCAUAUUGUUUUACUAAAAGAUUCCUUACAGGGAGAUGCUGUGCUAUUAGGCCCUUCUAUUGUACAAGUCACCAUUAAGCCAAACGACAAACCUUAUGGGGUCCUCUCAUUCAACAGUAUCUUAUUCGAAAAGACAAUUAUAAUCGAUGAAGAUGCAGUCUCAAGAUUUGAAGAAAUCACAGUGAUCAGAAAUGGUGGCACUCACGGUAAUGUUUCUGUGAACUGGGUAUUGACACGGAAUAGCAGUGAUCCCUCACCGGUAACAGCAGAUAUCAGACCAAGCUCUGGAGUUCUCCAUUUUGCACAAGGGCAGAUGAUGGCAUCAAUUUCUCUGACUGUUGUGAACGAUGAUCUUCCAGAAGAGGCUGAAGCUUAUCUCCUUCAAAUUCAGCCUCAUACAAUACGUGGAGGAGCAGAAGUGAGCGCUCCAGCAGAGCUUUUGUUCUACAUUCAGGAUAGUGAUGAUGUAUAUGGCCUAAUAACAUUUUUUCCUAUGGAAAAUCAGAAGAUUGAAAGCAGCCCAGGUGAACGAUUUUUAUCCUUGAGCUUUUCAAGACAAGGUGGAACUAAAGGAGAUGUGAGGAUGCUUUAUUCUGCACUUUAUAUUCCUGCUGGACCUGUGGACACUUUCCGAGCAAAAGAUGGCAUCUUAAAUAUAUCCAGAAGAAAUAGCCUCAUUUUCCCAGAACAAAGACCUCAAGUCACUACAAAAUUACCAAUAAGAAAUGAUGCAUUCCUUCAAAAUGGGGCCCACUUUCUAGUACAGUUGGAAAAUGUGGAAUUGGUGAACAUAAUUCCCCCAAUCCCACCUAUAAGUCCUAGAUUUGGAAAAAUCCAAAAUAUUUCUUUACUGGUUACUCCAGACAUUGCAAAUGGAGAAAUCGGCUUUACUGGCUUUCUUCCUAUCAUUCUGCAUGAACCAGAAGAUUCUCUGGCUGAAGUGAUAUACAUUCCUUUACAUCGGGAUGGAACAGAUGGGCAGGCUACUGUCUAUUGGAGUUUGAAGCCCUCUGGUUUUAAUUCAAAAGCAGUGACCCUGGAUGAUAUAGGUCCCUUUAAUGGCUCUGUUGUGUUUUUAUCUGGGCAAAGUGACACAACAAUCAACAUUACCGUCAAAGGUGAUGACAUACCGGAAAUGAAUGAAACCCUAACACUUUCUCUAGACAGGGUCAGUGUAGAAAAUCAAGUGUUGAAAUCUGGAUAUACUAGCAGGAAUCUAAUUAUUUUGGAAAAUGAUGAUCCUGGGGGAGUGUUUGAAUUUUCUCCUGCUUCUAGGGGACCCUAUGUUAUCAAUGAAGGAGAAUCUGUAGAGCUCCACAUUGUCCGAUCCAGGGGGGCUCUUGUGAAGCAGUUUCUACACUAUCGAGUAGAGCCAAGAGAUAGCAAUGAAUUCUAUGGAAACAUGGGGAUACUCGAAUUUAAACCUGGGGAGAGAGAGAUAGUAAUCACCUUGCUAACAAGAUUGGAUGGGAUACCAGAGUUGGAUGAACACUAUUGGGUGGUCCUCAGCAGUCAUGGUGAACGGGAAAGCAAGUUGGGAAGUGCUACGGUUGUCAACAUAACAAUUCAGAAAAAUGAUGAUCCUCAUGGGAUUAUAGAAUUUGUUUCUGAUGGCUUAAUUGUCUUGAUAAAUGAAAGUAAAGGAGAGGAUACCUAUAGUGCUGUUUAUGAUGUAGUAAGAAAUCGAGGCAACUUUGGUGAUGUUAGUGUAUCAUGGGUGGUUAGUCCAAACUUCACACAAGAUGUAUUUCCCAUCCAAGGGACUGUUUUCUUUGGAGAUCAGGAAUUUUCAAAAAAUAUCACCAUUUAUUCCCUACCAGAUGAGAUUCCAGAGGAAAUGGAAGAAUUUACCAUUACCCUACUUAAUGUCACUGGAGGAGCUAAAAUAGGAAAUAAAACAACUGCAACUCUGAGGAUUAGAAGAAAUGAUGACCCCAUUUAUUUUGCAGAACCUCAUGUAGUGAAGGUUCAAGAAGGUGGGACUGCUUACUUUACUGUUGUCAGAAAUGGGUCUGUUGAUGUUGCCUGCACUGUCCAAUAUGCCACCGUGGAUGGGAAAGCAACUGCAAGAGAGGGAGACUUUGUUCCUUUUGAGAAAGGGGAAACACUCGUGUUUGAGGUUGGAAGAAGACAGCAGAACAUAUCUGUAUAUGUUAAUGAAGAUAAUAUCCCAGAAACGGAUGAGUCCUUUUAUAUAAUUCUCUUUAAUUCAACAGGUGAUACAGUAGUAUAUCAGUAUGGAAUAGCUACAGUGAUAAUUGAAGCUAAUGAUGAUCCAAAUGGUAUCUUUUCUCUUGAACCCAUAGAAAAAGCAGUAGAAGAAGGAAAAACUAAUGCAUUUUGGAUUUUGAGGCAUCGAGGACACUUUGGCAAUGUUUCUGUGGCUUGGCAGCUGUUUCAGAAUGAUUCUGCUUUGCACCCUGGACAAGAGUUCUAUGAAACUUCAGGAACUGUUAACUUUAUGGAAGGAGAAGGAGCAAAACCAAUAAUUCUCCAUGCUUUUCCAGAUAAAAUUCCUGAGUUCAAUGAAUUUUAUAUUCUGAAGCUUGUAAACAUAUCAGGUGGAUCCCCGGGUCCUGGUGGCCAAUUAGCAGAAACCAAUCUCCAGGUGACAGUAAUGAUUCCAUUCAAUGAUGAUCCCUUUGGAGUUUUCAUCUUGGAUCCAGAAUGUUUAGAGAGAGAAGUGGCAGAAGAUGUCCUCUCAGAAGAUGAUAUGUCUUAUAUUACCAACUUCACUAUUUUGAGGCAACAAGGUGUCUUUGGUGAUGUUCGAGUAGGCUGGGAAAUACUGUCCAGUGAGUUCAGGGCUGGGUUGCCUCCAAUGAUUGAUUUUUUACUGGUUGGAAUUUUUCCCAGUUCUGUGCAUUUACAAACUCACAUGAGGCGUCACUAUAGUGGAACAGAUGCUUUGUAUUUCAGUGGACUAGAGGGUGCAUUUGGGACUGUUAAUCCCAGAUAUCAUCCCUCCAGGAACAACACAAUUGCCAAAUUUACAUUUUCAGCAUGGGUAAUGCCUAAUGCCAAUACAAAUGGAUUUGUUAUAGCAAAGGAUGAUGGAAAUGGAAGCAUCUACUAUGGGGUAAAAAUUCAAACAAAUGAAUCCCAUGUGACACUUUCCCUUCAUUACAAAACUUUGGGUUCCAAUGUUACAUAUAUUGCCAAGACAACAGCCGUGAAAUAUUUAGAGGAAAAUGUUUGGCUUCAUCUUCUAAUUAUCUUGGAUGAUGGCAUACUUGAAUUUUAUCUUGAUGGAAAUGCAAUGCCAAGAGGAAUUAAGAGUCUGAAAGGAGAAGCCAUUAUGGAUGGUCCUGGGAUUCUGAGAAUUGGGGCAGGGAUGAAUGGCAAUGACAGAUUUACAGGUUUGAUGCAGGAUGUGAGGUUCUAUGAGCAGAAACUGACCCUUGAAGAAAUUUAUGAACUUCAUGCCAUGCCUGCAAAGAGUGAUUUAUACCCCAUUUCUGGAUAUAUGGAGUUCAGACAAGGAGAAACUAACAAAUCAUUCAUUGUUUCUGCAAGAGAUGACAAUGAAGAGGAAGGGGAAGAAUUAUUCAUUCUUAAACUAGUCUCUGUAUAUGGAGGAGCUCGCAUUUCUGAAGAAAAUACUACAGCAAGAUUAAUAAUACAAAAAAGUGACAAUGCCAAUGGCUUGUUUGGCUUCACAGGAACUUGUAUUCCAGAGAUUGCAGAGGAGGGCUCCACCAUUUCAUGUGUGGUGGAGCGAACCAGAGGAGCUCUGGAUUAUGUGAAUAUUUUUUACAUCAUCUCACAGAUUGAAUCUGAUGGCAUUAAUUACAUAGUUGAUGAUUUUGCCAACGCCAAUGGAACUAUCACAUUCCUUCCUUGGCAGAGAUCAGAGGUCCUGAAUAUAUAUGUUCUUGAUGAUGAUAUUCCUGAACUUAAUGAGUAUUUUCGUGUGACAUUGGUGUCUGCAAUUUCUGGAGAUGGAAAACUGGGUUCAACUCCCACCAGUGGUGCAAGCAUAGAUCCUGAGAAGGAAACGACAGAUAUCACUAUCAAAGCUAGUGAUCAUCCAUAUGGUGUGCUGCAGUUCUCCACAGGACUGCCUCCCCAGCCUGAGGAUGCAGUGACCCUGCCUGCAAGCAGUGUUCCACAUAUCACUGUGCAGGAGGAAGAUGGAGAAAUCCAGUUACUGGUCGUCCGUGCACAAGGACUCCUGGGGAGGGUUAUGGCAGAAUUUAGAACCGUUUCAUUGACAGCAUUCAGUCCUGAGGACUACCAGAGUGUUGUUGGUACCUUAGAAUUUCAACCAGGAGAAAGAUAUAAAUACAUUUCUGUCAACAUCACUGAUAAUUCUAUCCCUGAACUGGAAAAAUCUUUUAAAGUUGAGUUAUUAAAUUCAGAAGGAGGAGUGGCUGAACUCUUUAGGGUUGAUGGCAGUGGUAGUGGUGAUGGGGACAUGGAAUUCUUCCUUCCAACUAUUCAUAAAUGUGCCAGUCUAGGAGUUGCUUCCCAGAUUUUAGUGACAAUUGCGGCCUCUGACCAUGCUCAUGGUGUAUUUGAAUUUAGUCCUGUGUCACUCUUUGUCAGUGGAACUGAACCGGAAGAUGGGCACAGCACUGUUACAUUAAAUGUUAUGAGAAGUCAUGGAGCUCUGUCUCAGGUGACUUUGUAUUGGAACAUAGACUCUGAUCUGGAUGGAGAUCUUGCCUUCACCUCUGGCAACAUUACAUUUGAGAUUGGGCAGAAGAGUGCCAAUAUCACAGUGGAAAUAUUGCCAGAUGAAGACCCAGAACUGGAUAAGACAUUGUCUGUGUCAAUCCUCAGUGUCUCCAGUGGCUCUUUAGGAGUUCAUACUAAUGCCACAUUGACAAUUUUGGCAAGUGAUGAUCCUUAUGGGGUAUUCAUCUUCUCUGAAAAAAAUAGACCUAUUGAAGUUGAAGAAGCAACCCAGAACAUCACAUUGUCAGUAAUAAGGUUGAAAGGCCUCAUAGGAGAAGUCAUAGUUACAUACGCAACAAUGGAUGAUAUGGGAACAGCACAUUAUUUUCCACCUAAUUUAGCCAGAGCGACUCAAGGAAGAGACUACAUACCGACUUCUGGGUUUAUUAUUUUCAGAGCUAACCAGAAUGAGGCAACAAUAACUAUUUCGAUUUUGGAUGAUGAUGAACCAGAAGGAUCAGAAUCUGUGUUUAUUGAACUGCUCAACUCUACUUUAAUAGAGAAAGUGCAGGAUCGCCCAAUUCCAAAUUCUCCACGCCUUGGGCUGAAGGUAGAAACUAUUGCUCAUCUAAUUAUCAUUGCAAAUGAUGAUGCAUUUGGAAUACUUCAGCUUUCAGCGUCAGUUGUUCGAGUGGCAGAAAAUCACGUUGGACCAAUUAUCAAUGUGACUAGAACAGGAGGAGCAUUUGCAGAUGUUUCUGUGAAGUUUAAAGCUGUGCCAAUAACAGCAAUUGCUGGUGAAGAUUACAGCAUAGCUUCAUCAGAUGUGGUUUUGUUAGAAGGGGAAACCAGUAAAGCUGUGCCAAUUUAUGUCAUUAAUGACAUUUACCCUGAGCUGGAAGAAUCUUUUCUCGUACAGCUGCUGAAUGAAACAACAGGAGGAGCCAAACUAGGGGCAUUAACAGAGGCGAUCAUUAUUAUUGAGGCCUCUGAUGACCCCUAUGGAUUAUUUGGUUUUCAGAUUACUAAACUUACUGUAGAGGAACCUGAGUUUAACUCAGUGAAGGUAAACCUGCCAAUAAUUCGAAAUUCUGGGACACUUGGCAAUGUUACUGUUCAGUGGGUUGCCACCAUUAAUGGACAGCUUGCUACUGGCGACCUGCGAGUUGUCUCAGGUAAUGUGACCUUUGCCCCUGGGGAAACCAUUCAAACCUUGUUGUUAGAGGUCCUGGCUGACGACGUUCCGGAGAUUGAAGAGGUUAUCCAAGUGCAGCUAACUGAUGCCUCUGGUGGAGGUACUAUUGGGUUAGAUCGAGUGGCUAAUAUUACUAUUCCUGCCAAUGAUAAUCCUUAUGGUACAGUAGCCUUUGUUCAGUCUGUUUAUCAUGUUCAAGAGCCUCUGGAAAGAAGUUCCUGUGCUAACAUAACUGUCAGGCGAAGCGGAGGGCACUUUGGUCGGCUGCUGUUGUUCUACAGUACUUUUGAUAUUGAUGUAGUGACUCUUGCUGUUGAGGAAGGUCAAGAUUUACUGUCCUACUAUGAAUUGCCAGUUCAAGAGGUGCCAGACCCACUCUGGAGAACUUGGGUGAAUGUCUCUGUAGUGAAGGAACCCCAGUAUACCUGUGCCACUUUGUGCCUCAAAGAACACGCUUGCUUAGCAUUUUCAUUUUUCAAUGCUUCUGAGGGCCCUCAGUGUUUUUGGAUGACAUCAUGGGCCAGUCCAACUCGCAACAACUCAGACUUCUGGACCUACAGGAAAAACACGACCAGGGUAGCUUCUCUUUUUAGCAGUCAGGCUGUCGCUGGUAGUGAUUAUGAGCCUGUGACUAGGCAAUGGGCUGUAAUGCUGGAAGGCGAUGAAUUUGCAAAUCUCACGGUUUCUAUUCUUCCUGAUGAUUUCCCAGAGAUGGAUGAAAGUUUCCUGAUUUCCCUUCUUGAAGUUCACCUCAUCAACAUCACAGCCAGUUUCAAAAAUCAGCCAACCAUAGGACAGCCAAAUACUUCUACAGUUGUCAUAGCAUUAAAUGGUGAUGCCUUUGGAGUGUUUGUGAUAUACAGUAUUAGUCCCAGUACAUCUGAUGAUGGCUUAUAUGUCGAUGUUCAGGAGCAGCCACAAAUCACAGUGGACCUGAUGAUCCACAGGACAGGAGGCAGCUUAGGUCAAGUGACAGUUGAAUGGCGUGUUGUUGGUGGAACAGCUACUGAAGGUUUAGAUUUUGUUGGUGCUGGAGACAUUCUAACUUUUGUGGAAGGUGAAACAAAAAAGACAGUCGUCUUAACCAUUUUGGAUGACUCUGAGCCAGAGAACGAUGAAAGCAUCAUUGUUAGUUUGGUGUGCACCGAAGGCGGAAGUAGAAUCUUGCCAAGUUCUAGCACCAUUACAGUCAACAUUUUGGCCAAUGAUAAUGUGGCAGGGAUUGUUAGCUUUCAGACAGCUUCCAGAUCUGUCAUAGGUCAUGAAGGAGAAAUUUUGCAGUUCCAUGUGAUAAGAACACCCCCUGGUCGAGGAAAUGUUACUAUUAACUGGAAAAUUAUUGGGCAAAAUCUAGAACUCAAUUUUGCUAACUUUACUGGACAACUCUUCUUUUCUGAGGGGUCAUUGAAUCAAACAAUAUUUGUGCAUUUGUUGGAUGACAACAUUCCUGAAGAGAAAGAAGUAUACCAAGUAAUUCUGUAUGACAUCAGGACACAAGGAGUUCCACUGGCAGGAAUGGCUGUACUUGAUGCUCAAGGAUAUGCAUCUGUGCUUACAGUGGAAGCCAGUGAUGAACCUCAUGGAGUUUUAAAUUUUGCUCUUUCAUCAAGAUUCAUUCUAGUGGAAGAGGCUAACAUAACUAUUCAGCUUUUCAUCAACAGAGAAUUUGGAUCUUUAGGAGUUGUCAAUGUCACAUAUACCACAGUUCCUGGAAUGCUGAGUCUAAAAAACCAAACAGAAGGAAACCUUGCAGAGCCAGAAGUGGAUUUUGUGCCACUAUUUGGCUUUCUGAUUUUAGAAGAAGGGGAAACAUCAGCAGCCAUCAACAUUACUAUACUUGAGGAUGAUAUACCAGAGCUAGAAGAAUAUUUCCUGGUGAAUUUAACUUAUGUGGAACUUAUCAUGGCUCCUUUAACUUCAUUUCCUCCCAGACUUGAUUCAGAAGGCUCGACUGCACAAAUUAUUAUUGAUGCCAAUGAUGGUAGCCGAGGCGUAAUUGAAUGGCAACGUAACAGGUUUGAAGUGAAUGAAGCCCAGGGCAGUUUAACAUUGGUAGCCCAGAGGAGCAGGGGAGCUCUUGGCCACAUUUCCUUGUUUGUUUAUGCACAGAACUUGGAAGCACAACUAGGGCUGGAUUAUAUCUUUACUCCAAUGAUUCUCCAUUUUGCUGAUGGAGAAAGAUACAGGAAUGUUGACAUCAUGAUUCUGGAUGAUGACAUUCCAGAAGGAGAUGAAAAUUUUCAGCUGAUUCUAACAAAUCCUUCUCCUGGACUAGAGCUGGGGGCAAACACAAUAGCCUUAAUUACUGUCCUCGCUAAUGAUGAUGGCCCUGGAGUUCUAUCAUUUAACAACAGUGAGCACUUUUUCCUAAGAGAACCAACAGCUGUCUAUGUAAAAGAGAGUGUUGCAGUAUUGUAUAUUGUACGGGAACCUGCAAAAGGACUCUUUGGAUCUGUGACAGUUCAGUUCAUUGUGACAGAAGUGAAUUCUUCAAUUGAGUCUAAAGAUCUUUCUCCUUCCCAAGGCUAUAUUGUUUUAGAAGAAGGUGUUCGAUUCAAGGCCCUACACAUAUCUGCCAUAUUAGACACGGAACCAGAAAUGGAUGAGCAUUUUGUUUGCACUUUGUUUAACCCAACUGGGGGUGCUAGACUAGGGGCACCUAUUGAAACUCUGAUAACAGUUAUACAAAACCAAGCCCCUUUGGGGCUAUUCAGUAUCUCUGCAGUUGAAAAUAGAGCCACCUUUAUAGCCAUCGAAGAAGCCAACAGGACUGUAUAUUUAAAUAUCUCACGUACUAAUGGAAUUGAUUUAGCUGUGAGUGUGGAGUGGGAGACAGUAUCUGAAACAGCCUUUGGCAUGAGGGGAAUGGAUGUUGUGUUUUCCAUAUUUCAAAGUUUUUUGAAUGAAUCAGUUUCUGGUUGGUGUUUCUUUACUUUGCAAGAUUCAUUAUAUGGUGUAAUGUUAAGAAACUUGUCUGUGGGAUUUUCUACUAUUUAUCGAUGGCAAGGAAUUUUUAUUCCAAUUGAGGAUCUAAAUAUAGAAAAUCCUAAAACUUGUGAGACGUUUAAUAUUGAUUUUUCCCCCUUCUUUGUGAUUACCCAUGAAGAAACAAAUCAAGGAAAGUCUUCUGUAAACAGUGUGUAUACAGUCACAUCUGGAUUCAAAUUAUUACUGGUGCAAACAUUCAUUAUUUCAGGAAGUUCUCAAGUAAAAUAUUUUAUUUCAGGUGGUCAAAAUUUCUUAAUUGUUGCAAGUCAACAAGAUGAUUCUGAAUUAACUCAGGUUUUCAGAUGGAAUGGAAGAAAUUUCAUGUUGCAUCAGAAACUCCCAGUACGAGGUGUGCUGAGCAUGGCCGUGUUCAACAGAGGCGGCUAUGUGUUCUUAGCUGUUUCCCAGGCUAAUACCAGGCUAAAUGUCCUUGUAUUCAGAUGGUCUGCUGGUGGGUUUAUUAACUUUCUUGAAGUGCCAGUCAGUGGGACGACGCAAGUCAAGGCUUUUACUUCAGGCGAUGACAUUUAUUUAAUUUUUGCCAAAAAUAUCUUUCUAGGAGCCCAGAAUUCAACUGAUAUUUUCAUCUGGGAAACAGGACAGUCUUCUUUCAGAUAUUUUCAGUCUCUGGAUUUUAACACUGUUCACCAGAUCCACUCCUUUACAGCAGCUUCAGGAAUAGUCCACGUACUUCUUAUUGGCCGAGAUGUGUCUGCUCUUUACUGCUGGGAUUCAGAGCUGAAUCAGUUCUCUUUUGUUCUGGAAGCACCUUCUGCACAUGAUGCAACUUCUGUUACAGUGAAAUCUCUUAAUUCAAGCAAGAGUUUAAUUGCCCUAGCGGGAGCUACCCAUUCACACAUAUAUGAGCUGGCCUACAUUUCCAGUCAGUCUGACUUUAUUCCCAGUUCAGGUGAACUAAUAUUUGAACCUGGAGACAGAGAAGCUAUAAUAGUGGUAAAUAUCCUUGAUGAUAUAGUUCCAGAGGAAGAAGAAUCCUUCAGAGUUCAACUUAAAAAUCCCAAAGGAGGAGCAGAGAUUAGUAUUAAUGGUUAUGUAAAAAUAACUAUUGUGUCUAAUGAUGAUGCCUAUGGAAUUGUUGGAUUUGCUCAGAAUUCAUUACAUAAGCAAGUGGAACAAAUGGAGCAAGACAACCUAGUAACCUUGAAUGUUGAACGAUUAAAAGGAACAUAUGGUCAUAUAACUGUAUCAUGGGAAGCUGAAGGAAGUAUUAGUGAUGUAUUUCCCACCUCAGGAGCGAUUUCAUUUUCAGAAGGCCAGGCGUUGUCUACUAUCACUCUGACUGUUCUUGCUGAUGAUAUACCAGAGUUAUCAAAGGUUGUGAUUGUGACACUCAUCAGUAUUACAACAGAAGGGGUUGAGGACCUAUCAAGAGGUGCUACUAUUGAUCAGAAAAGGAGCAAGUCUGUGAUAACUACUCUACCUAAUGACUCACCCUAUGGCUUGGUGGGCUGGCAGGCCGAGUCUCUCUUUGUUAGAGUAGCAGAGCCAAAAGAGAACAUCACCCUUCUUCAAUUACAAAUUGUUCGAGAUAAAGGAUUAUUUGGGGACAUUGCCAUUCACUUGAUAGCUAAACCAGAUUUCUUACUGCCCAUCAAUAAUCAAGCUACUGAAAGUGAAGAUUAUGUUCUACAAGAAACAGUAAUAAUAAUGAAAGAAAACAUGAAGGAAAGUUAUGCCAAAGUUGCCAUUUUGCCGGAUGAUGUUCCAGAAUUGGAGGAAGGAUUUAUUGUCAAUAUCACCAAUGUGCACCUAGUGAACUCUGACUUCUCUGUAGGACAGCCAAGUGUGUGGAGACCUGGAAUGGAAAUAGCUGAGAUAAUGAUUGAAGAAAAUGAUGAUCCCAGAGGAAUUUUUAGAUUUCAUGUUACCAGAGAUGCUGGUGGAGUUAUGAUUGCUCAUGAGGUGCCUCCGCCCUUGAAUAUUCUUCACGUUCCUGUGAUCAGGCUGGCUGGAAGCUUUGGGGCAGUAAAUGUUUAUUGGAAAGCAAUAUGGGACAAUGCUGACCUGGAAGACUUUAAGCCAUCUCAUGGAAUUCUUGAAUUUUCUGAUGGACAAGUUACUGCCAUGAUAGAAAUCACCAUAAUUGAUGAUGAUGAAUUUGAACUCUUGGAGAUGUUCAAUAUUUCCUUAAUCAGAGUAGCUGGAGGUGGCAGACUUGGUGAUGAUAUUGUGGUAACUGUUGUUAUUCCACCGAAUGAUUCUCCAUUUGGGAUAUUUGGAUUUGAAGAAAAGACUGUAAUGGUUGAUGAAUCGCCUUUGUCUGAUGACCCUGAUUCUUAUGUUACGUUAACGGUUGUCCGGUCUCCAGGAGGGAAAGGAGCUGUCCGACUUCAGUGGACUGUAGAUGAGAUGGCUAAAGAUGAUCUCAGUCCUUUGAAUGGGACACUUCAUUUUGACGAGUCUGAGUCCCAGAAGACCAUUGUGUUGCACACACUUCAUGAUACUGUGUUGGAAGGGGACAGGCAUUUCAUCAUUCAUCUGAUACCAGCUGAUGACGUAGAAAUAUCUCCAGAGAAAGGAAGUGCAUCAAUAAUCAUUCGGGGAGAUUCAGGCCUGUCAGGAGAAGUUGGGAUAGCUCCAUCAUCUAGGAGUGUCCUCAUUGGGGAACCUUCAGCCAAAUAUAAUGGCACUGCUAUAAUCAGCCUUGUUCGUGGCCCAGGGAUUUUAGGGGAGGUCACUAUGUACUGGAGAAUAUUCCCUCCUUCAGAGAGGCAAUUUGUGGAAACAUCUGGAAAACUGACAAUGCGAGAUGGGCAAUCUGCAGCCGUUGUAUUAAUACAGGCUAUGAGUGAUGACAUUCCUGAAGAAAAGUGUUUCUUUGAGUUUCAGCUCACUGGAGUCAGUGAGGGAGCAGUGCUGAGUGAAUCCAGCAGAACUGCCAACAUCACAGUGGUGGCCAGUGACGUUCCUUAUGGCCGGUUUGCCUUCUCACAUGAACAGCUGUGGGUGCCAGAAGACGCACAAAGGGUCAACAUUACAAUCAUCCGUUUGGGUGGAUCUUUUGGCUUCGUGAGGCUCUGGUAUGAGACUGUGAGUGGAAGUGCUGAGGCCGGCUUGGAUUUUACUCCUGCGGCAGGGGAGCUUCUCUUUGAACCAAGGGAGAUGCUGAAAAGUAUGCAUAUCCAAAUACUUGACGAUGACCUUCCUGAAGGCCCUGAAGAGUUUUCUCUUGCAGUUACAAAGGUGGAACUCCAGGGAAGAGGGUAUGAUUUUACUGUCCGAGAAAAUGGACUUCAGAUCGAUCAACCUCCCGAAAUAGGAAACAUUUCCAUUGUUCGAAUCAUAAUAAUGAAAAAUGAUAAUGCAGAGGGUAUCAUUGAAUUUGACCCAAGGUAUACUACCUUUGAAGUGGAAGAAGAUAUUGGGACGAUUAUGAUCCCAGUGGUGAGACUUCAUGGAACUUACGGCCUUGUGACAGCUGAUUUCAUCUCUCAGAGUUCCUCUGCCAUUUCUGGUGGUGUUGAUUAUUUACUGCAUGGUAGUACUGUUACUUUUCAACAUGGGCAGAACUUAAGUUUUAUAAAUGUCUCCAUCAUUGAUGAUGAUGAAAGUGACUUUGACGAGCCCAUUGAAAUUCUGCUUGCUGGAGCUACUGGUGGAGCAGUCCUUGGGCGCCACCUACUGAGCAGAAUCACCAUUGCCAAGAGUGACUCUCCCUUUGGGGUUGUAAGAUUUCUCAAUCAAAGCAAAAUUUCUAUUCUUAACCCCAAUUCCACAAUGAUUUUAUCUUUGGUAUUGGAGCGAACUGGAGGACUCUUGGGAGAGAUUCAGGUGGACUGGGAGAUACAAGGACCCAAUUCACGGAAUGUAUUACCACCACAGAACAGUGACAUUGCAGAUCCAGUGAGCGGGUCCUUCUAUUUUGAAGAGGGAGAAGGGGGAUUGAGGACCAUAAUUCUUGCAAUUAAUCCUUACGACAAAAUUGAAGUUGAAGAAACUUUCAUUAUUGAACUUAAGCUUGUUAAAGGAGAAGCUAAAUUAGACUCCAGAGCUAGAGAUAUUACAUUAACAAUACAAAAGUUUGGUGAUCCAAAUGGAGUUGUUCAGUUUGCUCCCAAGUCUUUAUCUGAGAAGACAUACUCAGAGCCAUUGGCUUCAGAAGGGCCCCUGCUCAUUACUUUCUUUGUCAAAAGAGUAAAGGGCGUUUUAGGAGAGAUUACGGUUUAUUGGGAAUUAAGUAGUGAGUUUGAUAUUUCAGGAGACUUUCUUUCCACAAAAGGAUUUUUUGUCAUUGCUGAUGGAGAGAGUGAAGUGAGCUUUGACGUUCAUUUGUUACCGGAUGACGUACCUGAGAUAGAGGAAAAUUAUGUGAUUCAGCUUGUUUCUGUAGAGGGAGGGGCAGAAUUAGAUCCAGAAAGAUAUAUUACACGAUUCUCUGUUUCUGCGAAUGAUGACCCACAUGGAAUAUUUGCCUUGUAUUCUAAUCACCAGUCAAUAGUUAUUGGGCAGAACCUUAGUAGAUACAUCCAAAUUAAUGUAACCCGGCUUGCUGGAACAUUUGGAGAUGUGGCUGUUGGAUUUCGAAUAUCAUCUGACCAGAAGCAACAGCCAAUUGUUACUGAAACUGCAGAGUGGCAACUGGUGGUCAAAGAUGGUGCCAGAUAUAAAGUGGACACAGUGCCAAUAAAGGAUCAGGUCUUCCUGUUACUGGGCUCUAAUUUCAUAUUACAACUGGUGACUGUGAUGCUUGGUGUUGGGCGGGUGUAUGGAAUGCCAAAAAUUCUCCAAGAAGCAAAGUCAGCUGUCCUUCCUGUCCCUGUGAAAGCUGCCAAUUCUCAGGUUGGAUUUGAAUCUACUGCUUUUCAACUUAUGGACAUUGCUGCUGGAACAAGCCAUGUUGUGAUUUCUAGGAGAGGUACAUACGGCUCUCUCACAGUUGUCUGGACCACUGGAUAUGCUCCUGGGUUAGAAAUCCCUGAACCCAUUUUUGUCGGCAACAUGACCCCCAAACUGGGGAACCUUUCAUUUUCUCAUGGUGAACAGAGUAAAGGAGUUGUGCUGUGGACAUUUCCAAGCCCUGGUCGACCAGAGGCCUUUGUCAUUCACCUAUCAGGAGUGCAGAGCAGUGUACCAGGUGGAGCUCGACUUCGAUCAGGUUUCACGGUUGCUGAAAUUGAGCCAAUGGGAGUCUUUCAGUUCUCCCCUAGUUCAAGAAAUGUCACUGUGUCAGAGGACAUACAGAUGACCAGAUUACAUGUACAAAGACUGUUUGGGUUCCACAGUGAUCUUAUUAAAGUUUUCUAUCAAACAACGGCAGGAAGUGCAAAGCCAUUGGAAGACUUUGAGCCUGUUCAAAAUGGGGAACUACUUUUUAAAAAAUUCCAGGCUGAGGUUGAUUUUGAAAUAACCAUUAUUAAUGAUCAGCUUCCUGAGAUAGAAGAAAUUUUUUAUAUCAAUCUAACUUCAGUAGAAAUUAGGGGGCUAAAAACGUUCGAUGUUAGCUGGAAACCACGACUGAAUCUGGAUUUUAGUGUUGCAGUGAUCACAAUAUUGGAUAAUGAUGGCCUGGUAGAAGUGGAUGAUUCUCUCUCCAAGACAACUGUGGUGGGAGCCACAGCUCUCAUUCCUAUAGAAACUGACUCUACUACACACCCUGACAGAACUAAGAUAACUGCCAUUCCACAGCCAACCGAAAUGGUUUCCGUUGCUCCUGAGGCAACUGGUACAUCUGCCAUGCCUGAGAAACUUGUCACCCUUCCCGGUACAUCCACUAUGUCUGAGAAGCCUUCUGUAGACACUGUAACUGCUGAUGUUUCUAUUCAUGGAACAUUUAGUCUUGGGCCACCUAUUAUUUACAUUGAAGAGGAGAUGGAGAAUGGCACAUUCAAUAUUGCCAAAGUUCUUAUCCGAAGAACUGGUGGAUUUACUGGCAAUGUCAGUGUAACAGUUAAAACCUUUGGGGAAAGACGUGCUCAGGAAGAGCCAGAUGCAUGGCCCUUUCAUGGUGUCUAUGGAAGUUCCAACUUAACAUGGGCAAUUGAGGAAGAAGACUUUCAAGAACAAACUCUUACCCUUACAUUUCUAGAUGGAGAAAGAGAAAAAAACAUAUCAGUUCAAAUUUUGGAUGAUGAUGAGCCUGAAGGACAGGAAUUCUUCUAUAUAUUUCUCACAGAUCCUCAAGGAGGAGCGAAGAUUGUGCAAGAGAAAGAUGAUACUGGCUUUGCAGCUUUUGCCAUGGUCAUUAUUACAGGGAGUGAUCUUCAGAAUGGCAUUUUAGGAUUCAGUGAGGAGUCCCAGAGUGGACUAGAACUGACUGAAGGAGCUGAUAAGAGAAGACUGAAUCUUAUUGUCAUAAGGCAGCCAAACAGGGCCUUUGAAGAUGUCAGGGUCUUUUGGCGAGUCUCAUUUAACAAAACUGCUACUGUGCUUCAGAAAGAUGGUGUGAACUUGAUUGAUGAACUUCUGUCCACAUCAGGGGCCACGACCUGUAUAACUGGUCAAACAAAAUGCUUCAUCGCCAUUGAGCGGAAACCAGAGAAGGUACCUCAAGUUGAAAUGUAUUUCUUUGUGGAGCUUUAUGAAGUAACUUCUGGAGCUGCAAUAAAUAACAGUGCUAGAUUUGCUCAGAUUAAAAUAUUAAAGGGUGUCGAACCUCAAAGCCUCGUAUAUUUUUCUGUUGGUUCUCGGCUGGCAGUGGCUCAUAAGAAGUCUACUUUAAUCACUUUGCAGGUGGGCAGAGAUUCUGGGCCAGCGCUACUGAUAUCUGUUAACUACAGUACCCAGGAGUUGAGGAGUGCUGAAACAAUUGGCCGUACACUCAUAUCUCCAGCUAUUUCUGGGAAGGAUUUUGUGAGAACUGAAGGCACGUUGGUGUUUGAACCUGGCCAGAGAAACACUGUAGUGGACAUCAUCCUAACCCCAGAGACAGCAUCUUUAAAUCCAUUUCCUAAACGCUUCCAGAUUGUGCUUUUUGACCCAAAAGGUGGGGCCAGAAUCGAUAAACUAUAUGGGACUGCCAACAUCACUCUUGUCUCUGACUCAGAUUCUCAGGCCAUCUGGGGUCUUGCAGACCAACUGCACCAGCCUUUGGAUAGUGAUAUUCUCAACAGAGUGCUCCACAACAUUAAUAUGAAAGUGGCUACGGAGAACACAGAUGAACAGCUCAGCGCCAUCAUGCAUUUAAUGGACAGGAUAACUUUUGAAGGAAAAAAUCAAGCAUUCAGUAUUAAAAGACAAAAUAUCUUCUAUGAAAUUCUUUGUGCUCUUAUUAAUCCAAAGCGCAAGGAUACUAGAGGAUUCAGUCACUUUACUGAAGUGACUGAGAAUUUUGCCUUUUCUCUGCUGACUGAUGUUACCUGUGGAUCUGCUGGUGAAAAAAGUAAAGUCAUCCUUGACAGUUGUCCAUAUUUGUCAAUACUGGCUCUUCACUGGUAUCCUCAGCAAAUCAAUGGGCACAAGUUUGAAGGAAAGGAAGGUGAUUAUAUUCGAAUUCCUGAGAGGUUAUUGGAUGUCCCGGAUGCAGAAAUAAUGGCUGGGAAAAGUACAUGUAAAUUAGUCCAGUUCACAGAGUAUAGCAGUCAGCAGUGGUUUAUAACUGAAAACAAUCUACCUGCCUUGAAAAAUAAGGUAUUAUCAUUGAGUGUGAAAGGUCAAAGUUCACAACCCUUGCCUGACAACAAUGAGGUUCUCUACAGGAUUUAUACUGCUGAGCCUAGAAUUGUUCCACACACAUCCCUGUGUCUCCUUUGGAAUCAGGCUGCUACAAGCUGGUUGUCUGACAAUCAGUUUUGCAAGAUGGUUGAGGACACUUCAGACUACGUGCAAUGUGCCUGUUCACACAUGUCUGUGUAUGCUGUUUACGCCCAGACUGACAGCUUAUCUUCAUACAAUGAAGCCUUUUUCUCUUCUGGAUUUAUAUGUAUCUCAGGUCUUUGCCUGGCUGUUCUUUCUCAUAUCUUCUGUGCCAGGUAUUCCAUGUUUGCAGCUAAACUUCUGACUCACAUGAUGGCAGCAAGCUUAGGUACACAGGUUGUGUUUCUGGCAUCUGCAUAUAUAAGCCCCCAACUGGCCGAGGAGAGCUGCUCAGCUCUGGCUGCUGUCACACAUUACCUGUAUCUUUGCCAGUUUAGCUGGAUGCUCAUUCAGUCUGUGAAUUUCUGGUACGUGCUAGUGAUGAAUGAUGAACACACAGAGAGACGAUAUCUGCUCUUUUUCCUUCUGAGUUGGGGACUUCCAGCUUUUGUUGUGAUUCUCCUCAUAGUUAUCCUGAGAGGAAUCUAUCAUCAGAGCAUGCCUCAGAUUUAUGGACUCAUCCACAGUGACCUGUGUUUCAUCCCAAACAUCUAUGCUGCUCUGUUCGCCGCUACUCUCAUUCCUUUAAUGUGCCUUGUGGUCGUGUUUGUGGUGUUCAUUCACGCCUACCAGGUGAAGCCACAGUGGAAAGCAUAUGAUGAUAUCUUCAGAGGAAGAACAAAUGCUGCAGAAAUUCCACUGGUUUUAUAUCUCUUUGCCCUGAUUUCCAUCACUUGGCUUUGGGGAGGACUUCAUAUGGCUUACAGACACUUCUGGAUGUUGGUUCUCUUUGUCAUUUUCAACAGUCUGCAGGGGCUUUAUGUUUUUGUGGUUUAUUUCAUUCUACACAACCAGAUGUGCUGCCCCAUGAAGGCCAGCUACACAGUGGAAAUGAAUGGGCAACCAGUGCCAAGCACAGCCUUCUUCACACCUGGGAGUGGAAUGCCUCCUGCUGGAGGGGAAAUCAACAAGUCCACCCAGAAUCUCAUCAGUGCUAUGGAGGAGGUGUCUGCCCCACCACCACCUUCCACCACCCCUAUAAUCACCUCCACCCUGCCACCACAACACCCUGUCCCUGGUGCUGGGCUCAGCGUCAGUGAUAAUGAAUCCGGUCAAGGCAGCCAGGAGGGAGGCACCAUGACUGACUCCCAGAUUGUAGAACUCAGGAGAAUACCUAUCGCAGACACCCACCUCUAG